GAGACGACAACCCUCCAAGCAUGAUACUGCCAGUGUAACGUGCCAAGGUCGUUAUCCGUCUGGGCUCAAUUUCCAAGUCCUCGAUCAAGAAGGGCCCAUCACUGGCCACUCCUUCUCUGCAUAUACUGUGACAAUGUCGGGAUUUGGUUCGUUUGGGACUCAGAACCAGCCGGGGACCACCUUGUUUGGUGGCACAAGCACAUCAAACACCGGCACAAGUCCUUUUGGUAAUCCCCAACAAAACAAUUCGCAGUCUGGCACUUCCCUCUUCAGGGCUGCAGGGCCCGCGUCCAACUCAAUGGAUUCUACAAUGACACCUGGGGGACCCUUUGGGAACACCUCCAACCCAAGUGGUGGCAGCGGCUUGUUUGGAAACACAAGCACACAGCAACAGCAGCCAGCUCCCGGAGGUUUAUUUGGAGGUACCGCGAACGGGCAGCAGCAACCUUCAUCUGGAACCACCCAACCUUUCAGUGGCGGCUUGUUUGGGAACCUCGGUGCGCAGCAGCAGCAGCAGCCCGCAAACGGAUCGCUAUUUGGAAAUGUGCCUACGCCGGCGCCAGCACAACCGACAGGUGGGAAUCUGUUUGGCGGAACGUUCGGGGGUACAGCUGGAUCUGCGUUCGGAAACACCAACACCAGACAACCGGCUGGAGGAAACUUGUUCGGUACAGCUGCUGGAGCCAGCGGGAGUACACCGACGCAACAACAACCUGCAACUGGUCUCUUCGGAAGCACAACGACAACUUCCGCACCCGCAACAGGUGGCUUGUUUGGCAACACUAAUCCGUUAUUCGGGAAUAAAAGCCCGUCCAGUAUAUUUGGGAGCCAGGCUACACCAGCCAUCCCUACGACGACGACGACGACGACGACUACGACACCUUCGUUGUUUGGGCAGUCUAGUACGGCUACGCAACCAGCUACCUCGCUUCUUGGACAAUUCCAGGCAAAGCCUUCGGGAAACCUCUUCGGCUCGACCACCCAGCCCACUAGAACUGGAAGGCUAUUUGGUAGUUCCCUAGCACCACCGAUAACCUCUACUUCGUCACUACUCGGAUCAAGGUCAUCCUCGACAGCUGCAAAUCAACAGCAGAGCGACCCACAAUCUCAGUUUGCUGCGCUGACACAGAGGAUAGAUGCCAUAGCUGAAGCAUGGAACCCAUAUUCGUCGCAGUGCUGUUUUCAACAUUAUUUUUAUAAUCUGGUCGACCCUAGCCAGGCAAGCCUGUAUGGCCGACCGCCUAAUGCCACCAAUGAGGCCUUAUGGCAAAGGGCUGUGCGUGACAACCCCGACCCUACUUGCCUCGUUCCUGUUCUUGCACAGGGCUUUGAUGCACUCCAUACGCGCGUUGAAGCGCAGACUCAACAAGCAGCUGCUCAACAAGAAAAGCUGAAGGCAAAACGAUUGGUGUCACUGAAAGCGGUCCACAAUGACAACAAUAUGGCGCGGAUCCAACGCGCUAUAGCCCAGAACACCCAAAUUUCACACCGACUAUUGAAGUUAAUUCAACACCUGCACCUCUUAAUACCUGCUGUUCGUUCUUCUGCCAUACGCCCCGAAGAAGAGGCACUUCGCGCGGCCCUCGAGGAGAUCGAAGAAGAGGUUCGCCGGCCAGGCGGGACUAGUAAGAUGCGUGGUAAACUAAACGAGUUAUGGGCUUUGGUUGGUGCAGUAAAUGCUGCGAGAGAAAGGGGCAAAAAGGUAGGGGCAGAUGGUCCUACGGAGUGGACCGUGGUCGACGAGGAUGGCCUAAAGCAGAUUGCUCAGAUACUGGCUGACCAGCAUGCGGGCCUGGAACACCUCACUAAAGUUUUACAACGGGGCCUCAAAGAUCUCCGUGUGGUCACGGGAAAAGGAACUGAGGGGGAAAACUUGAGCACAGAAAAACUUUCUAGUUCAACUUCUUCGCUUCACGCGAGUACCUUGCGUUGACUGACUAUUGUUAUUGUUGUGUUGUUCCAUGACCAGCACAAAUGGGGCGUGGCAAUUGGCAACUGUGUAGUUCUUACAUAGAUAGGAGUACCUGGUUGUUGCUGUUGGUUUGUCUACAUAAUACAAAGUACUUUAGUC